CCUGAUCCAUCCAUAGAUUAGCAUUAAAUUCUGUUCUAUUUUCACUGAUGAAUAAGGAUUUGAGAGAUGUUUUUCUUAACGGGUAUCGUGCGGGCUUUAUUUCGAGUUUUUUCGAGAUAUCAAAGGCUAGACUGUCCAUUAGCUCAAUCUUCUUUACAUAUAAUUUACAUGCCAAAAUUUCUAAAUGGUAUUUUGGAGCUGUGUCCCAGGGAGCACUAAGUAGGAAACUUGAUUCAUUUGGCAGUAGUUCAAUAUCAACUUCACAUUGGUUUACUAAAUAUCUUGGUUGAUUACAAAUAUCAACAUCCAAUUUUGCCAUAAAUUGUGCACUACGCG